AGAGCCCGCGGGCGUCCCGGGCCGAGGCGAGGGGGAGGCGGUGGACACCCAGAAGCCCGCCGGCGGCUUGCAAUUCCUUCACCCGGCGCGCGCCUUUCGCAGAGGGAAGGAGCAACAGGGCCCCUACCUCAUCGUGCGCGGGCAGGGUCGGCGCUUGUCGCGUGUGGCGCGCAGUGGGGCGGGCGGCGGGCGGCGGGAGGGGGGUGGCAGUGGAGGGAGCGAGAGGUGCAGGGGUGACUUUGUUGGCAGCAGGACUAGCUGGAGAGCUAGACCUGGAAGCGCAUCCGGGGAGGACUUGCGGGGCAGAGGAGGGCGUGGGCGUGUCUGGUAUGGGAUGCAGUGGAAAGGAGGGGGCCGUCCUGAGGAGAUCUGUGGGUGAUUCCUUCGAGGAAGCCUCGUCUUCCCGUCUGCCCUUUUAUUUGUCAGCGAGGGAGUCCCCAUGGUCUCUGUUCAAGUUCUGGAAACUUUCUCUUUGGGUGCACUUAAUCACCUGCUACUACAUCGUAGAACUGCCCAGGGCCCUUUCUAAUAUUGGUCACAAACGUGAGGAGUAUGUCAGAAAACAGAAAACCGCUGCUGGGCAUUGUAAGCAAACUCCCUAGUGGGACUGCACUUGGGAACUCAGGCAAGACUCACUGCCCCUUGUGCUUGGGGCUUUUCAAAGCCCCCAGGCUCUUGCCUUGUUUGCAUACAGUUUGCACCACGUGUCUGGAGCAGCUGGAGCCCUUCUCAGUAGUGGACAUCCGAGGGGGAGACUCUGACACAAGCUCUGAGGGGUCAAUAUUCCAGGAACUCAAGCCACGAAGUCUGCAGUCGCAGAUCGGCAUCCUUUGUCCGGUAUGUGAUGCUCAGGUGGACCUGCCCAUGGGUGGAGUGAAGGCUUUAACCAUAGACCACCUGGCCGUGAAUGAUGUGAUGCUGGAGAGCCUACGUGGGGAAGGCCAGGGCCUGGUGUGUGACCUGUGCAACGACAGGGAAGUAGAGAAGAGGUGUCAGACCUGCAAAGCCAACCUCUGCCACUUCUGCUGCCAGGCUCAUAGGCGGCAGAAGAAAACGACUUACCACACCAUGGUGGACCUAAAAGACUUGAAAGGCUACAGCCGGAUUGGGAAGCCCAUCCUGUGUCCUGUUCACCCUGCAGAGGAACUGAGGCUGUUCUGUGAGUUCUGUGACCGGCCCGUGUGCCGGGAUUGUGUGGUGGGGGAGCAUCGGGAACACCCCUGCGACUUCACCAGCAAUGUCAUCCACAAGCAUGGGGACUCUGUGCGGGAGCUCCUCAAAGGUACUCAGCCCCACGUGGAGGCCCUGGAGGAAGCCCUGGCUCAGAUCCACAUAAUGAACAGUGCCCUCCAGAAGCGAGUGGAGGCAGUGGCAGCUGAUGUCCGGACAUUCUCGGAGGGCUACAUUAAGGCCAUUGAGGAGCAUCGGGACAAGCUGCUGAAGCAGCUAGAAGACAUACGGGCCCAGAAGGAAAAUUCCCUGCAGCUGCAGAAGGCCCAGCUGGAACAGUUACUGGCAGACAUGCGGACUGGAGUGGAGUUCACCGAGCACUUGCUGACCAGCGGCUCAGACUUGGAGAUCCUCAUCACCAAGGGGGUGGUGGUAGAACGGCUCAGGAAGCUGAACAAAGUUCAAUAUAGCGCCCGUCCUGGAGUAAAUGAUGAGAUACGCUUCUGUCCUCAGGAGAAAGCAGGCCAGUGCCAUGGCUAUGAAAUUUAUGGUACCAUUAAUACCAAAGAGCUUGAUCCAGCCAAAUGUGUCCUACAAGGAGAAGACCUCCACAGAGCCCGGGAGAAACAGACAGCCUCUUUCACCCUGCUUUGUAAGGAUGCCGCAGGAGAAAUCAUGGGCAGGGGAGGAGACAACGUUCAAGUUGCCAUUGUCCCUAAAGAUAAGAAAGACAGCCCAGUCAGAACAGUGGUCCAGGAUAACAAGGAUGGGACAUACUACAUUUCCUAUACCCCCAAGGAACCUGGCGUCUAUACUGUGUGGGUCUGCAUCAAAGAACAGCAUGUGCAGGGCUCGCCAUUCACUGUGACCGUGAGGAGAAAGCACCGCCCACACUCAGGCGUGUUUCACUGCUGCACCUUCUGCUCCAGCGGGGGCCAGAAAACCGCUCGCUGCGCCUGUGGAGGCACCAUGCCAGGUGGGUACCUAGGCUGUGGCCAUGGACACAAAGGCCACCCAGGUCAUCCCCACUGGUCAUGCUGUGGAAAAUUUAAUGAGAAAUCUGAAUGCACAUGGACAGGUGGGCAGAGCGCACCGAGGAGUCUACUUAGGACUGUGGCUCUCUGAUGGGUUUGUGCUCAGCCUUUUAAAGCUGCAGGCAGCACCACUUGAGAUUUCCAGAGGACCCAGACCUUCGUUCAUUCUAAAGACACUGAUAGAAUUAAAAACAAAGUGCCUUAUCUUGCACUGGAGUUCAAGUGCUCUUUUGUUACUCACUGAUUGUACUUGUGGAUGGUUGAGCACAAAAAACCACCUCUACAUUUCUCUUAAAGGUAGGUUGGCAACGUUCUUUUUCUACCACAGGAUACUCCUUUUCAUUUUGUACAGUAUGGAGGUAUCUAUUCCAUUGGAACUGAAGGGUCUAGGUAGUUUAGUUCCUUUCUGAUAUAACCCUUUUUUUCUCUUUUUUUUUUUUUUUUAAAGACAGAGUCUCACUCUGUCACCCAGGCUGGAGUGCAGUGGCAUGAUCUCGGCUCACUGCAACCUCUGCCUCCCGGUUCAAAUGAUUCUCCUGCCUUGGUGUCCCGAGUAGCUGGGAUUACAGGUGCCCCCCACCCCACGCCCAGCUAAUUUUUGUGUUUUUAGUAGAGACGGGGUUUCACCAUGUUGGCCAGGCUGGUCUCAAACUCCUGACCUCGUGAUCCACCUGCCUCGGCCUCCCAAAGUGCUGGGGUUACAGGCAUGAGCCACCACACCUGGCCUAUUAUGACCUUUUUAAUUUUUCUCUGAGCUACACAUUAUUUAGAUAUUUAGAUAUUUAGAAACCUCCUUUCAUCCUGUCCACUUUUUGUUAGCAUACUUUCAGUGGAUUUACUGGUACAUGUUUUGUGAUCAUGAUAAUGUGAUCUUGUUUUGGUGGUGUCCCCCUCCUCCGUCUCUAUGCCAUGUCAGCCUUCUGCCCCAAAGCCUGGAAGAUUACUCUUUGGUCAAGCGCAUACAAAUAGAAAGUUAAUAAAGGGGAAUGGUGUUGAAAUAGAACCUCAUACAUUUAUUACAGUUCUACUUAUACAGAAAAUCUAGACACCUUCAUCCUUCUCACAGCUCUGUUUUUUAGUAGAGUAGUCUUUAGAGUAGUCUUCACUGUUAUCUAUAUACCUAGAAAGUUAACUGGGAGCUUUGACUCUUACUGUGCCUUCACUCAUAGUGUGCCUUCUUAGCUGCUGGAGAAUUUGGGGAGAGGAUGUACACAGCACUGGUGCCUCAGCCCUGCCAAGGUCUUCACUGUAUAUAUUUUGUGUGUUCUUCUGAAACUCUUGAUUUCUUAUAUGGCAAUAAACUCAGCAUGUAUUAAAUA